GUCUAGCGCAGCGCCUGUCUGUGCGCACCGUCUGUCUUUUAAACACACCUUUCUCUAGACGCACCACUCGUUCCAAAAGGCCACCUCAAAUGCGUUCCGUGCUGCAGCUUUGAACGCGUCUUCCCCCGGACUGGUUGGAAAGGCUCAUCCCUUAGAGCAUCAUUCCGGAAUUAGACGGCCAAGGGAGAUACGACAGGCUAGCCUGUCCUCAUCCAGCUAGGUUGAGUCCGAAGACUUGGGAAACCUCAAAAACUCGUAACGAUGGACGAGCACGGAUUCCGGCGCAUAUCCACUGAUAUGCUCUCCGUUUCGUAUACUCCCGUCGCGUCAUCCUCAGCGUCACGCAAAACGACAGCGUCGCGAAGCAAUGUUUCUCUAUCUCAGUCCUCUCGACUACCAUCCCCACGAAUGCCACCGAGUGGCUCAAGCUCCUCCUCUUUAUCGUCUCGGCCGAGCGUAAAAGGACCUGCACAACCCACAAGCAACCCGACCAUCCCCAAGUUUCGUUCUCUGAGAAACAUGCUUCCCUUUGGCUCCAAAGCGAAUAGCAACGCAGCUUCCACUCGCAAACUGACGAAACCACAACCUACGUCGAACCCACCUAGUGAUCUCAAGCAUCGAAGGAGCAGCUCAUCAAUUCCUUCACCGGCUGGAACGCCGAGCGUAUCGAAGCAGGGAUUCUUGACGGUCGGACGCCGUACCUCUCUUCACAUAACCAAAGAAAAGAUACUCCCUGACCUGCCAUCCAUGAAUCGCUCUCGCUCAGAGGACUCUGGUCCACAACAACCGCCUGUGAUAAGCAUUGCUCCACCCUCAGCUACUACGACCAAAUCUAACGUUGCUCGUCAUGGGCUGUUCUUGUCGGAUGAUCCGUUCAAGAAAGCUCCUCCAAAUGUCGUGCUGAACAUGCACCAAAAAAGCUCGUCACGAGAAGACUUUGGAACGGUCCGAUCAGGUGGCGAACUAUCGACCAUUCUUGAAUCGGAGUUGUCAAACUUGUCUAUGUCGCACGGUUCUCCGCCUCCAAGGAUUAUCAAAGAGGAGGUGCGUGAAGAACAACCGAAGGCGAAGGGGAGGGAUGGCCUGGACGGCCAAACAAACUCGCCCAUACUCGCGCAACUUACGCAAGACGAUAAUGAUCUAUCAAUCAUGCACGCGAAAGACAUGGACAUCACUACAGCAACUGCAGACCUUAGUGCUUCGUGGGAAGCCGGCAUAAAUGACUUUCGUCAAGCGCUACAUUUACAGGUGCCAGACCCCGAUCUGAACGGCCGUUCAUCGCCCUCACCUUCUUCAUAUUCCGCAUCGCCUAUGACUUUAUCUUCUCCGGCUGAAGAGCCAUCGCCACCCACUUCAGUGCCACUGACAUCGAAGUCCGAUGACCAACUUAAUAUGGCAGAAUGUGAUCAAGAAAGCGAACAAGUCAGCUUCAACUUGACAGCACUUGACCCGGAUCUUGCUGCUCUCUUAAGUCCAGCAAACCAACUAACGCGGACCCGAAACGCUGCAUCGGCGGCGAUUGCUGCAGUAGUGGACUCCGUAGAGCCUCCACCGCCAAUGCAUUCGUCACCAGAGCCAUCACCAGAGCCAUCACCAGAGCCCGAAGAACCUAAGAAGCGUGUGAGUGUGGACGCGGAGGAUCUCUGGCCUUCUGCGGCUUCUUCUCGUCGAACUUCUGUGGAUUCGCGUCGGCGAACCGUCGGUCUACAAUCUUCUCCUGUCCGCAGAUCUCGUCCGUCAUCCUUGGCACUUUCCUCCGAUUCACUUCCGCUUGCCGACCGCACGCGCAGAAGGUCUUUGGAAAGAACACCUAUGCACCAAAACGUCCGCCAGCCGCACCUUUCUCCCACACCCCAUACCGAUUUCAUGUCAUCUCGAACGUCCCUAGAUGAUCUCACUGAGACAGUGCGGCGACCUACUUUGGGACGAUCGAACUCGGCUCUGUCAAGACCUCUUGCAUCGACUGAGACGACUAGGUAUCGUGCACCUGUUACGCGACUAUAUGCGACGCCUUCUCGUCCUAGCACUGCAAACAUUGGGCAGACUGGCCGUAUCUCCUCUGAUGGGGCUCGGCCGUACAUCCGUGGAUCACACGAAAGAGACGAGCUAUCGACUGGUCUGUACACUCCAAGUUCGCACACACGUUCCGCCACCUCUCUUGGAUUGUCGAAUCGUACUCGGCGCGUCUUGAUUACAGACUCCGUUGAACGACCCGCAACGGCAUUAAGCACGAUUGGUCGCGGUGCACCGCCGAUACCUCAACGAAGCCGAAAGCGUAGCAUGAGUGCCUCACAUGACGCUCGAGUUCAGGCCCGUAAUGUUCCCGAUUGGAUGGGCCCACGGACUGCUCGUGCGUUUGCUGCAGCGGGUUUGCUAGACGAGAACACGAAUCCAACGAGAGACUACCGAGCGCCUCCGAUACCUCCGCGUUCCGAGUCUCGAAUGCGUUUGGCACCUUCGCGGGCAAGUACUGAACGCGAUUACCGCCUAGGUGGUGGGCCGCCACCACCAAGUGGGAGUGCGGGUACGAGCUCGGGUUUAUCUUCAUACACUUCACGCACCGCGUACUCGGAACACGAGUACUUGUCAUCUGCUGGGACGAGUCGACGUUCUGCGUCUCGCACUUUGACGAUGGCUGAGCUUGCCACUGCGCGAGGUGAGAGUCCUGUCACCGCUACCACGACGACGUCGAGUAAUACGAGGACGGCUUUCUCGUCGUCGACUGCUACGUCGUUGUCGUGUGGUUCUCCACACCAACAGUACCAGGCUGCUCAUCUGGAGUCAACGCUCUCUUUGUUGAGAGAAAAGCAUGCUGUGGAGACGGAAGCACUGCUUUCUGCGUUGGCUGAUUCUCAGCGGACGUCGAAGACGCUGAGAGAAGAGAAUUUCCAAUUACAAGGUCGGAUACACGACCUUGAAGAGCAGCUUGCAGAUGUUGUCGACCAAUUAGAAGAUGCGCGACGUAUUGCUAUCCAUCCUUCCGUGCCAAAUUCAUUCGCUCGUGGGCUAUUGAGCCAUCAGCGUUCUGGCCCUCGGACAAGUCCCUCACAAAGGAUCCAUGCGUUGAGACAGGCUUCCAUAGCUUCUCUCGCGACGGACGACGAUAGUACCGAGGCACAAGACACGGCUCGUGACGCAGAUGCUUUUUUAUCUCCUGAUUUUAUGGCAUUGCAAUCGCGUGAGCACAGAUCGCGUACGCGCGCUAGUACGGUUUCGUCCAUAUUCCCUACCAUGCCGAGUAACAUGUCAAUGCUUCUACACGACGACGGAAAUGACAAUGGCGCUAACCCAUCCGGAGGCCUCGCACUCCUACAACAAUCUAACACUUACCCUUCUUCCGCUGGCUCACCACCCCCUUCACCUACGCUUAACGUUAACAAACCUAUGCCAAUGUCAUCCUCAACUUCCACCGAAAAGAAUCAGAACCAGAGCCGGCAUACAACGAAGUUGUCACUUUCGUCUAUUGAGAUGUCGAUGCUUUCUUCGAUGCCUGGGUCGCCGAAGAGUUUGCAGCUUAAACCUGAGCAUGAGAGGCAUUUAUGUGAUUUGAAGAGUAUUGAUUUUAGUGUUACGGACUCGGAUUAAUUGAGAGGGACUUACUGUUUGCUGCGUUUGCUAAUUGGUUUUGUGUAAUUUAUCCUGCUGACGUUAUUUUUCCUUGUACUUACCUUGCCAUCCAUCAUUACCUCUUGCCUCUUGCCUACACCUGCCUGCUUGACUUUAUGGAUCUAAUCUCAGUACGCUUGGGUGCUUCUGAUGUUCUGUUAUUUUUCAUUUAUUCGCGUUACUUUCCUUUCCGUCCGUCCGUCUUUCUCUCUUACAUUCCUUGCUUCUGACUUUGCUUUUGUUAUGGAGUAUCUACUAUCUAGCGCGCCGCAUGUUUUGAUAUAGGGUGGAUUUUCUGAGUCUCUUUUUCUCUUGUUGUCAAUGUAAUAUAGAUAUAUCAUAUUAUUGCU